UACACCAUGAAGACUUUCCUGAUUUUCGCAUUCUUUGCCCUAGCUGCUUCGGCUUACGCUUUGGAGGAAUCCGAGCGCGUCAAUGGCGAGAACGGCUGGUACGUUCCCCAGUAUGAUGGCUCCCUCGAAUGGGUGGAUAUGGAUGUGGCUGAGGAGUGGAUGGAAGCCCAGGAGAAACUUGAGGGCCGUGGCUUGAGUACCAAUCCCGUGAACUUCUACCUGUACACUCCUUCCAACCCCUCCAGCAGCAAGCACAUCUAUGCCACCAAGAAGUCCAUUAGUGCCUCCAACUUUAACGCUGCCCACCCAACCCGUUUUGUAAUCCACGGCUGGACCCAGAGCAAUUUGAACAGCAUGAACAAGGACAUCCGCAAGGCUUUCCUCUCGAAGGGAGACUACAAUGUGAUCAUCGUCGACUGGGCUCGUGCUCGUUCUGUGGACUAUGCCACUUCCGUCCUGGCUGUCCCUGGCGUCGGAAAGAAGGUUGCCGCCAUGAUCAACCUUCUGCAUUCUGACUUCGGAAUGUCUCUGGACGACCUGUACGUAAUUGGUCACAGCCUGGGAGCCCAUGUGGCUGGAUACACCGGCAAGAACACCAAUGGCCAGGUGCACACCAUUGUGGGUCUGGACCCCGCUCUGCCCCUCUUCAGCUACAACAAGCCCAACAAGCGUUUGAAUUCCGAUGAUGCCUGGUAUGUCGAGUCCAUCCAGACCAAUGGCGGAACCCUGGGAUUCCUGCAGCCAAUCGGUAAGGGAGCUUUCUACCCCAACGGUGGAAAGACCCAGCCCGGAUGCACCUUGGAUGUGACUGGCGCCUGCUCCCAUGGACGCUCAACUACUUACUACGCUGAGGCCGUCGCCGAGGACAACUUCGGAACCAUCAAGUGCGGAGACUACGAGGCUGCUGUUGCCAAGGAGUGCGGAUCCACCUACAGCAGCGUUCGCAUGGGAGCUGAUACCAAUGCCUACAUGGUUGCCGGUGACUUUUACGUUCCUGUAAACAGCAAGGCUCCCUUCGGCAUGAUUAAUUGUAUGUCCAACUACAUUAUGAAGACAUUCCUAAUUUUAGCACUCUUUGCUCUAGCCGCUUCGGCUUUUCCUGUGGAGGAAUCUGAGCGCGUCCAUGGCGAGAACGGCUGGUACGUUCCUCAACAGGAUGGCUCCUCUGAGUGGGUGGACAUGGACGUAGCUGAGCAGUGGAUGGAUGCCCAGGAGCUGUUGGAGAGCCGUGGCUUGACCACCGUUCCCGUAACCUUCUACCUGUACACAUCUUCAAAUCCCACAAAGGGCACGAAGAUUACGACCACCGCCAAGUCCAUUGACGCCUCCCACUUUAACGCUGCCCACCCUACUCGCUUUGUGAUCCACGGUUGGACCCAGAGCUACACCGCCAGCAUGAACAAGGACAUCUGCAGUGCCUGGCUCUCCCGAGGAGACUACAACGUGAUCGUUGUCGACUGGGCUCGUGCGCGUUCUGUGGAUUACGCCACUUCUGUUAUGGCAGUUUCUGCCACCGGAAAGAAGGUUGCCGCCAUGAUCAACUUCCUGCACUCUGACUACGGCAUGUCUCUGGAUAACCUGUACGUUAUUGGUCACAGCCUGGGAGCUCAUGUGGCUGGAUAUGCUGGAAAGAACACCAACGGCCAGGUGCACACCAUUGUGGGUCUGGACCCCGCUCUGCCCCUCUUCAGCUACAACAAGCCCAACAAGCGUUUGAAUUCCGAUGAUGCCUGGUAUGUCGAGUCCAUCCAGACCAACGGCGGAACCCUGGGAUUCCUAAAGCCCAUCGGUAAGGGAGCUUUCUACCCUAACGGUGGAAAGAGCCAGCCCGGAUGCGGUCUGGAUGUGACGGGUGCAUGUGCCCAUGGACGCUCCACCACUUACUACGCUGAGGCCGUCUCUGAGGAUAACUUCGGAACUGUUAAGUGCGGAGACUACGAGGCUGCCGUUGCCAAGGAGUGCGGAUCCACCUACAGCAGCGUUCGCAUGGGAGCUGAUACCAAUGCCUACAUGGUCGAGGAUUACUUGAGGCGUAUAAAAGGCGGGAACAAUGUGUUCUCUUCACCAAAUUGUUUUGAGACCCCCAACAUGAAGGUGUUUUUUGUCCUAGCCGCUUUGCUGGUAGCAGCGAGCGCCCUGCCCAUCGAGGAACGCGUAAAUGGUGAGAAUGGCUGGUUCGUCCCCAAGCUUGACGGAAGCUUCGAGUGGAUGGAGAUGCAGGAUGUCGAGGAGCUGAUGUCAAACGGAGCCCAGAUGGAGGGACGCGUCAGCACCAACGCUGUGAACUUCUACCUAUACACCAAAUCGAACCCCACCUCUGGCAAGCAGAUCAAGGCUUCGGCCGGCUCCGUGGAUGAUUCUCACUUCAACAAGGAUCACGGUACCCGCUUCGUGAUCCACGGCUGGACCCAAAAGUACACCGACGACAUGAACACCCGCAUCACCAAGGCCUGGUUGUCCAAGGGCGACUACAACGUGAUCGUCGUUGAUUGGGCCCGUGCCCGUUCCGUGGACUACGCCUCAUCUGUCCUGGCUGUUCCUGGAGCCGGAGCCAAGGUUGGUGAGAUGAUCAAGUACCUCCACGAACACCAUGGCCUGAGCUACGACAGCUUGGAAGUGAUCGGCCACAGCCUGGGAGCCCAUGUUGCCGGAUACGCCGGAAAGACCGUCGGAGAAAAGCAGGUCCACACCAUUGUGGGUCUGGACCCUGCUCUGCCCCUUUUCAGCUACGAUAAGCCAAGCAAGCGUCUGUCCACCGACGAUGCCCACUACGUAGAGUCCAUCCAGACCAACGGCGGCAAGCUGGGAUUCCUGAAACCCAUCGGCAAGGGAGCUUUCUACCCCAACGGAGGAAAGAGCCAGCCCGGAUGCGGUUUGGAUGCCACCGGAUCCUGCUCCCACGCUCGUUCUGUGCUGUACUACGCCGAAGCCGUAACUGAGGAUAACUUCGGAACCAUCAAGUGCGGAGACUACGAGGACGCCGUCGCCAAGUCUUGCGGAUCCACCUACAGCAGCGUUCGCAUGGGAGCCGUCACCAAUGCCUACAUGGUCGAUGGUGACUACUACGUCCCCGUGAACAGCGAGGCUCCUUUCGGCAAGAUCGAAUAGAGUCCUGCGAUCAUAUUCGGUUUCUGAAUAAAAUACCCAAAUGAAUAGCCCUAAAA